UAAAUUCAGGAUUUCGGAGGAGAACACCCAAAAAAAGGGUGUGGUUAUUACUCCUCACGGGGCUACGUGCUAUAUAAAGCGAAACGGAAAGAAAGAAAAGCAUCACAGCACAUCUUGUCUUUCAGCACCAAAUCUCCAUUCUCAACCAACAUGCAGAUUCUCGCCGCCCUCUUGGUUUGCUUGGCCGCUGUCAAUGCUUACGUUGUGCCAGCCCCUUAUUUGGUCCGCACUCCGGCCCAUGACAGCGCCAUCAUCAAGUCUGACCGUCUCGGAGGCAACUUUGCCUGGUCCACCGUUGAGGGACACGCCUACGCCGCCGUCACUCCCGUCGUCCAGCGCGUCCUCACACCUGUCGGAGUCUCCCAUCACGCCAUCGCCGCUCCCUAUUACGGCUAUCCUUAUGGCUUAACCCAAUUCGUUGCACCUGCUCAAGUCGACGCUAAAGCUGGCCAGGCUGUCUAUGUUGCCUAAACGAGAUGCAUUGAGAUACGUUAAAUAAAUAUUUGGUUCUGUUGAUUAA